GUGAAAGACGCCAUUUUGUUGAUAGCGGUGAAGUGGAGCACUAGAGAAAGAUCGAGAAAGCCGCGGCUCUGAGAUAAAACAACAUGGGGAAUGUUUUUGCAAACCUGUUCAAGGGCCUGUUUGGGAAGAAGGAGAUGAGAAUCCUCAUGGUGGGGCUGGAUGCAGCAGGGAAAACCACCAUCCUGUACAAACUCAAACUGGGAGAGAUCGUCACCACUAUCCCCACCAUCGGUUUUAAUGUAGAAACAGUAGAAUACAAGAACAUCAGCUUCACGGUGUGGGAUGUGGGCGGUCAGGACAAAAUCCGGCCCCUCUGGCGUCACUACUUCCAGAACACGCAAGGGCUGAUCUUCGUGGUGGACAGCAACGACAGGGAGCGUGUGAACGAAGCGCGGGAGGAACUGACGAGGAUGCUGGCGGAGGACGAGCUGCGGGACGCAGUCCUGCUGGUUUUCGCAAACAAACAGGACCUGCCCAAUGCGAUGAACGCAGCGGAGAUCACAGACAAGCUGGGCCUGCACUCCCUGCGCCACCGCAACUGGUACAUCCAGGCCACCUGCGCCACCAGCGGGGACGGCCUCUACGAGGGCCUGGACUGGCUCUCCAACCAGCUCAAAAACCAGAAAUGAUCCAUUCCACUGGCAGCGUGUGACGGGUGCAGCACCGGCCCCACCCCGAACCUCCCCCUUUCCCCAAACCGUCUCCCCCCGUGCCCUGACUGGUGCUGCCCUGUGUGUGUGUGUAUGAGCGUGCGUGUGAGUGUGUGUCUGAGCUGGGAGUGGGAGCCGCCCUGGCGUGCCUUACACACCUCCCAUGGAAACAUCUGUCCGGCUCUCUGAGCGCUUCCUCUUGGUCCUCGUUUAGAGCAACGUGCGACUCACCACACGUUCCGCUCACCCCGACUCAUGGCAGCGUGGUUUUCACAUGGCAAAGAAAGACCCAGGAUGCAAAGUGUUGUCACCUCUCGAAAGGAGAAAAUAAUAACCUGAUAUACAUCACCAGUGUUAAAAUGUUAGGAAGACACGCAUGUUAAAAUGUUGGUUUGAAUCCUCCCUCCCCCUUUAAAAAUAACAUUGUAACCUGUAUCAGGUUGGCAGAAAAGUCAAUAAAAAGCGUUUUCCAUCCUAGUUCCUUCUUUGCGUUAUUUGAAAAUCAUGCUGUUUUAUUUUUUACCUUUGUUACAAAAAGAGUCCAACUUGCAGCUGUGGUUCUCCAUUGGACACUACCUUUUUCAUUUUGAGACCAUGAAGCACAAGCCAACUUUUGUGUGACGUUUUUCCCUUGUAUGUUCAGGUUCGGUGAAAAACUGUCAUAUAGUAUGACCUGUCUUUGUUGUCUUAAUCGUUUUCAAGACAAGGUGUCGUUCCUGUUGAGUCAGUUAAGCGAAAGGUCAUGAUUGACUGUUUGGGCUGUUUGUGACCGUAAGACCUACAGGGUUUUUUUUUUUUUUUAAAAGGAGCAGUGACUGCUUUGCCGGAUUUUAUGUAUUCUGUAUCAAAGCUAUUGGGCAUUCCACGACAGGGAAGAGGAUUACUCUCAGAAAUGCAGUUGACUAUAGGCCUUCAUCACAGUAGAUUUUCUUGUUUUGAGCAGUGUUACAUACAUGGAGAUAAUGGUUUAGCUGUAGUUCAGGAUUUCUAAAUCAAAUGCAGCAAAACGGUGUGCUGUGUCCCACUGCACAGCAAAUAGCACCUCAGUUGACUUGUCAGUUGUGAAAGUAUCAAAUUUGCAUUGUGCACUCUGUAGAAAGGGGUCCUGAGGUCAAAAACAAGGCUUCUUUUUUUAAAAAAUAUCAGGCAUCAUAAAUUAAAUCCAAUUUCAAGCAAGUAUCAAUGUACUUAAAAAUAUGCCAUCUAUAAACUCAGUCUUCAGGGCCUAAGCUGCAUGCAGUGUGGAUCUGGCUCAACACUCAAAGGACACACUGUCGUAUUGUCAUGUAUCGUCGGGAUGGGACGACGUCCUGCUGGGAACCAUUGCUGUUUUUUUUUUCCUUGGUCAGACGUCUCAUGCAUGUGGGGUUUCAUGAACUCAUCAGCCCGUGGGGUUGACCAAGGCGUUGAGUAUGGGAAAUGCAAUAACAGGUUUGGCUUGAUCGUGUGGGAGAGCUGAAGUAAUGUGUUCAAGGUUAGUGAGGUUUCUACCAAGAGCUGCUCCCACUCUGGCUUUGUACACUUUUUCUUAUGUUUUGUUCUUAUUUUAAUUUUGAAUUUUUUGUACAGAACACUUGACUCAUUAGCACAGUCUGGUAGGCCAGGUGUACAGUUACAGUUGAAAGCAAAGUGACCCACAUAGUUGACACAGGGCCAGUUGCGGUUCAUUUAGGGACAGUCAUCACUGAAGAGGGGCUUGCAGAAUGAUUUCUCACAGUGCGUUGUGUGGCCUUGGGAGGUUUUCAUAGAGGGAGGUGUGCUUGCCCAAAGAAUGGGGUACAAUUUGACCCAUUCACCAUUUGUGCUGUGUUUAUAUGAGGUCUACAGCAUGAAUAUUACCUGGCCUCCCUCGCUGCAGUUCUUUUCCAAGUCCAGGUUCUGACAUCCUGCUCCACAACCUGGAAAUUCUCUGUAUAAUCAAAAGUUGGCAAUCAUAUUUCAUCAGUGGAGCACACCCUCUAUCCUCCACAAUGAUUUCCUGCUGUAAGCAAGCUUUUUUUAUCACAGUGUUGAGUCAUAAAUAGUUGAGGAUUGCUUGGUCCUGCACAGCAGAGUGACUCUGUAGAGGUUCACGAGAAAUGCAGCGUGAGCAAGCGGACCCUGAACUCUGCAGCAGUGGAGGGGGGGGAAGGGGGGGGAAGGAGCCGGCCUAUAAGCAACAGUGCUUCCCAGACUCCCCCCCUGUUGGGCUGGAAUAACCUGGUGUCAACAUAAAUGCACCUCAGUCACCUGUAUUACACGAUGCGUCUGCAAAGCUCUCACUGGCGCAGUAGCCCCGUGAAAGCUUGCAGAUGCUCUCAUCUGCUUGGUGCUCCAUUCAAGGGAUCUUUCACAGGAACAGUUGCAUAAGAGAUGACAGAGCAGUUGCCGGAAUUUAAGCCGGCAAAGGAAAAUGCCUGUAAAGCAUAACCUCAAAAGCCACUGAAACGGUAUUUAUUUUCUACAUGCCCUGCUUACCUGUAAGUGUGUCUGAAUAACCUCACAGCUCAGUGCUGUCCUCCCUAGAGAGGGGAGACCUCUCUGUGUACAACUGAAAAAAACUGCAAUUUAUGAAAAAUGCACCAAACUCAGUGUGCAGACAUACACAACUCAUGUCUACUUUGGCCUUUUAUGUCUGCCAUGGAAACGUAGACCUAGCUGAAAAAAAAAAUCCAUUGCAUUUUGAAUGGUGUGUAUCUACGUGGCAAGUAAUUAUUAAUAUGUUUAUGAACUUAAGUAUGAAAAUGUAUUUUAAGUAGGCAGUUUCAUUUUAGCUACCCAUGUUCAGAUGUGAAGCUUUAAGUUUGAGAAAUUAUUUCUGUAAAAAUUGACAAGCGGGUGUGCAAAUGUAUUUUUUU